GUUGGGGAAGGGAAGGAAAGUGGUAGCGCUGUUCUUAUUUGGAGCCAAAACUCGCUCUGUUUCUCAUCAAAAUUUCUUGAGGAAGUGACAGAAAAUUAGAAAAUAAUAAAUAUUAAUGCUCCUACAAACCUCAAUGGCUGUGUUUUCGAGCUCCACCUCUGAACCAGUUUCUUCUUUCAAGCCAUCUCAGUUUCUUUCCCGGCCACCACCAUCUCUCUCACUUCGCUUCUUCUCCGUCUCCAUCGCCAACGAUAACUGCAACCGCAACCAUCGCCUCCGGCACUCUUCUUCUUCUUCUUCCUUGAAACUCUACAAUCCCAUCUUCGCUUGCCGCGCCUCUCGUGACUCUCACGAGACCGACUCCUCUCGCAGGAAGGAUGAUGAUUCUCCAGUUCAUGGUCUAUCCGAAAAGAUAGUUGGUGUAUUAGGAGGAGGGCAAUUGGGUCGUAUGUUAUGCCAAGCAGCUUCCAAGAUGGCCAUUAAAGUUAUGGUUUUGGACCCUUCAGAGAAUUGCCCGGCCAGUGCCCUUGCUUAUGAUCACAUGGUUAGGAGCUUUGAUGACAGUGCUACUGUUGAAGAAUUUGCUAGAAGAUGUGGAGUUUUGACGGUUGAAAUUGAACAUGUGGAUGUUGCCACUCUAGAGAAGCUUGAACAACAAGGAAUUGAUUGUGAACCUAAAGCUUCUACCAUUCGAAUUAUCCAAGAUAAAUAUCUCCAGAAAGUUCAUUUUUCUCGGCAUGGCAUCCCACUUCCUGAGUUUAUGGAGAUUAAUAAUCUAGAAGAAACCAAGAGAGCAGGUGAACUAUACGGCUAUCCUCUUAUGAUUAAGAGCAAGAGAUUAGCUUAUGAUGGGCGAGGAAAUGCUGUUGCAAAGAGUGAAGGAGAGCUUUCUUCGGCCAUAGAUGUUCUUGGUGGAUUUGGUCGUGGCCUGUACGUUGAGAAAUGGGCUCCUUUCAUAAAGGAGUUGGCUGUUACCGUGGCAAGAGGAAGAGAUAACUCUAUCCUGAGCUAUCCAGUUGUUGAAACUAUUCACAAGGAAAACAUAUGUCACAUUGUUAAGGCACCUGCUGACGUGCCAUGGAGGAUCAGAAAACUUGCAAAUGAUGUUGCAUAUAAAGCUAUAAGUUCAUUAGAAGGUGCUGGUGUCUUUGCAGUGGAGUUGUUUUUGACGAGGGAUGGUCAGAUUCUACUAAAUGAAGUAGCUCCAAGACCUCAUAAUAGUGGUCAUCACACUAUUGAGUCCUGCUAUACAUCACAGUUUGAACAGCAUUUGCGGGCUGUUGUUGGUCUUCCUCUCGGUGAUCCAUCCAUGAAAACUCCAGCUGCUAUCAUGUACAAUCUACUGGGUGAGGAUGAAGGGGAGCCAGGUUUCAAAGUGGCUCAUCAACUUAUAGCAAGGGCACUGGAGAUUCCAGGAGCUACUGCUCAUUGGUAUGAUAAGCCAGAAAUGCGAAGGCAAAGGAAGAUGGGUCAUAUAACUCUUGUUGGCCCUUCUGUUGGUGUUUUAGAAGCACGGCUGAAAUCAAUGCUGAGGGAAGAAGGUUAUGAAAAUCCGAAUGAAGUUGCACCACGUGUUGGGAUUGUAAUGGGUUCGGAUUCAGAUCUUCCAGUUAUGAAGGAUGCAGCUAGAAUCUUAAAUAUGUUUGGUGUGUCUACUGAGGUUCGGAUAGUCUCAGCACACCGGACCCCUGACCUGAUGUACUCUUAUGCCUCCUCUGCUCGGGAGCGAGGCAUUCAGGUUAUCAUUGCUGGUGCUGGUGGUGCAGCUCACUUACCAGGUAUGGUAGCUUCACUUACACCUUUACCUGUUAUCGGUGUCCCUGUCCGUGCCUCUACAUUGGACGGAAUCGAUUCACUCUUGUCAAUCGUGCAGAUGCCAAGGGGUGUUCCUGUUGCAACGGUUGCAGUAAACAACGCUACAAACGCUGGAUUGCUGGCAGUAAGGAUGUUGGGAAUUGGUGAUGCUGAUCUAUUGGCGAGAAUGAAUCAGUAUCAAGAAGACACAAGGGACUAUGUCUUGACAAAAGCUGAGAAGCUACGGAAGGAUGGUUGGGAAGCUUAUUUAAAUCAGUAACAGUAACGGCUUACUAGAAUUUCUGCUGGGAAUUCACACCAUAAACAAUGAGAUCAAAUAACAACCCUGUCAUGAUCUUUAGCUAAUUUACUAAUGGACUGAGACACCAUAGCUACUACAACCUGUCCAAAACUGGCAUUGGUUCAGAUGGAAAAUAACAACAAUGCAAGGGAAGAAUUGAAUGGGAAGAACAGGUGAAAGGGGCAACGCACAAACCUUUUUUUGCUGUAAGAUCACUCUUUUCUUGUCUCUCAUUUUGAGUUUAAUAACUUGAUUUCAUCUAUAUUUUUGUUGAAGUGCAGCAACUUAUUAUUUGUUAAUGAGAUUUAUUUCAUGUUCAAGACUCUGGUUUGUACUGAUUUAUGAACUGCAUUUUGAAGCAAUAAAAAAAAGGAUGAUUUUCUGCAAAA